UGUUCACCUGCCCACUGACUCUUCAGCCCCAUGACACACCUGGAACACUCGUGUAAAGGCAGGUAUAACUUUCACCACUAGAGGUCAGCCUUGAGCAACAUUCAUGGAUUUGCCAGGAGGACUUCAGGACCAUCAGCACCUUCACCGCUCUCCAUGCUCCUUUCAGGUUCUUCUUCAUCAUCAACCACACUAGUUUUCUUCCUCUUCUUCACGGUCCAACACUGUCUCGCCUCUCCACGAUCCUCCCAAGCUGUGCCUCCAAACCUUGCCUUGUCCCUCUGAUAGACUCACUUCUGAACUUAUCUUCAUCCCCCUGAAGGUGCUGUGAUGUCAUCUCUUUCAGCUUUCUCCAUAACUCUGGAUGAUAGGAUCUGAGGUGCAUGUGGCUUCAGGACCAUCAGCACCUUCACCGCUCUCCACGCUCCUUUCAGGUUCUUCUUCAUCAUGAACCACACUAGUUUUCUUCCUCUUCUUCACGGUCCAACACUGUCUCGCCUCUCCACGAUCCUCCCAAGCUGUGCCUCCAAACCUUGCCUCGUCCCUCUGAUAGACUCACUUCUGAACUUAUCUUCAUCCCCCUGAAGGUGCUGUGAUGUCAUCUCUUUCAGCUCUCUCCAUAACUCUGGAUGAUAGGAUCUGAGGUGCAUGUGGCUUUACCUCCUGAUGGAUUAUUUUCUGCUUCUGUGUUUUGGAAUGAAUUUAAAUACAACUAAAAAAACAGACUUCAUUUCAUAUUAGAAUUUCUGAAUUGUUGCCCCAUUAUUUAAUGCCGUGAAAAUAUUUAAAUAUUUAUUGUUAAAAAAAAAAUCCCCCAAUAAAUCUUUCAUUCCACUUCUGUUCCUAUCAGGGCAACACACCCUGCAAAGCCAGUUUGAAGGGCCAGUUUCAUGUUGCAGAUGCCUGAAUUUUGAAUAUGGCGAAUGCAAAAUGAAAUUAUUUAGAGCGGGAGCUGGUAAAUGUAGACUGGCAACACACAAGUUCAUAUCAUUUCUGAUCAAAAUGUGAGCACUAUGAACCCAGUCAGUAAAAUCUUAACAUUUAGGUGCCUGAGUUGACAGUUUAUGUAAUAAAACGUGAAAGCGUUGAGGGGCCACAGACAGUGUUGCUCACUGACAAGCAAUGCUGUUCAUUUUUUACUUUUCCUCUGACGGCAGAUUUAAUAUAAACCACUGCAGUUCAUGUUGAAAUCAAACUAAAGAAGUGCUUUUCUAUGCCGCUCUAAACUGAAUCAAGUCUUCUUUCCUGAAGGACAUUCACGUUUCCGAGGCGAUGAUUUAGAAGCGGUGUCACCUCCAGCUCUGCAGAUCUAUAAUGUGUCAUGAGCUGGUGUUGCAUUUCCUCUGCGUAAGCGCGGCUGGCUGCUGUUGACCACUGGAGCUGGAGCCGAGCCCGGGGCCAGACGGUGAUGCAGAUUCUUGUAUGAUCUUAUUCUCCCUCAGCGUUACACCUGACCUCCAUGUGGAAGGAAGCAGACGCCCACAUCUCUUCAUCAUGGCUCAAGAAAGCGAUGCUUCAGACGCAGGGAAUUCUAGUCGAAGGCAUUCUGCUGUGAGAGAGAGGAGAGUCGAUGGUGAGGUGGGCUCGGAGGGAAAGGGAGAUGAUGAUAUUCUGUUGAGCUGUUGUUCUUGCUCUCCAGGUACAACAGACGAGGAAUGCUUUGCUAACUAUUUGGAGCUCGACUGUGGUCAUCAGUUGGAGUACUUUCACUGUGUGGACAGUUUCCCGUACGGCUCCAACAUUAAGCGCCUCAGUCUCAGACGGAGGCCCAAAGCGGCCAUUGAUGAUGCAGACAAGCGUGUCGCCGGUUUUUCACCGGGCCUGUGGAAAUCUGCAGAAUCCUUAUCGUCGUCCAGCAGCAAUGACUCGAGACUUUUGGGUAUGUCUACUUUGACAAGAGGUCGACCGCCUCUCCCUCCCAGCUACACAUCGGAUAAAGGUCGAAGGGAAGUGCAAGAGGUCUCCCAGAAACCUGAUGAAUUCAAGCCUCAGCCUGCGGUGAGAUCACAUAUUUCACAAAGCUUUGUGUCUCAGAACCCUGCUGGUGGAGUCACGCAACACCAAGAGCAGGAGUCAACAACCCGAGCUCCUCCUCAGCCCACUCCCCGGCGACGCCUCGCCAGCUUCGGAGGUGUUGGCUCACCUGGUUCUUCCUCUCCCUUCACUGGCGUGGGUGCCUACAACCAGAACAACAACGGCAACAAGCCGGCCGAAACAGCACCAGACGUCGUCACCAACCUGAGCUCUUCGUCCGUUGGCACCCGAGGGAGUCUCGGAUGCCUUCCGCCCAGCCCUCAGAAUUCUGGAAGAACGACGCCAGUUGCAGGAUCAGCGCAUCUGCAGCAUGUCCGUGAUCAAAUGGUAAAGAUCUCCGUCCUCCAGGAGGAGAAGAGGCAGUUGCUGUCCCAGCUGAAGUCUGAUAGCGAGGACAUCUGGAAGAAAGCGUACGGCUCCGACGGAAACGAUGCAAAGAGAGGCCAAGAAAGAAUCGACAAUGAUGAUCUGAAAGAGUUUAAGAAACUGACGGAAGAGAUGAUGGCUUUAGAGACAGCGCUCACGUUCGAGCCCUCAACAAAAGUCCCAUCAAAAAGUGACACACAGCAUGAGCAGGCUGCAAGAAACAGAAAAGUUAAAGGGACCUCAGUGACCAAAAUCACCAACACAGAAAAUGUCGAGACAAAGUCUGUUCUCACGCAAGUAUCUGAGGUUCAUCUUGGGGUUCACAAAGACUGGGAGUCCGAAAUAGAGUCCCAGCAGCUCAUCAUCACUGCCCUGAAGGAUCGGAUCGUUCACUUGGAGUCCGAGCUGAAACAAUCUGCCUUCCAGAUGGAGAUGGGUCGUCUGAAGCUGGAGCUCCAGGCGGCCGGAGCCAGAAACAGAGCAGAUAAGGCCUCGUCCGCCAGGCCGACCACUGCAAGCGCAGGAGUUGAAGCAAAGCCUGAAACCACAAGCCAGGGAGCAGGAAACCACGUAGAGCUCAGAGACGUGAGCUCUGGCGAUGUAACAGAGAUGAAGACAGUCGGCGUGGGCUGUAGUCGAGAGAUGGUGACCACCAGGACUGGACCGGAUCUGCCCCUGACCAACUGGGAGGUGAGACUGAGAGUGGAGACCAGGGAGAGAGGUGUAGAGGUCCAGAUCCCGACAGACACCCGAGGUGUUGGGACAGAUAUGGAGCUAUGUGAUGCAGAAACUAAUACUGAUUGGAAAAAAACAGAGUAUCGGUCAGUUGCUUGCGGAGACGCCUCUGUUUCCCAAUGUAAGACCGCUGAACAUGUCAAAGGCAUUGAUUUUGGAAUCAUGGUGUCACCCCAGACCACUUCCCAGCGAACCAACACCACUUCCUGUUCUGUUUCUCGGUAUACAAACACGAAAAGUCAUUUCAUUAGCGAAUCGAGCACAAAUACGGUCCUGAAAACCCAAGACAGACACACCAACACCACGCAGGCCAUCACCAGAGCCGUGUCAGUGGGAAGCAGGGGCCCAACAGAGACCCGUACCAUUGGCAUCGGAACCGACAUCGCCUUUAAACACCUGCUGAAGAUGCCCAGCAGAUCGACUCGAGACACCGGAGUUGGAUUUACCAACAUUAAGGAGAAUUUCUUGGUCGGCAUGAAAACGCGCAACAUGGCCUCUGGACCUUCUUAUUUACCAGACCCGGUUAAGACCAGGAGUGUUGGUAUCGGUGUCGGGGACGGGAAGGUACAAGACUUGUCAGCCAGAGAACCAGGGCUGGAGAUAAAGCAAGAGUUCAAGUGGGACCCGGAGUUGGACCGCUGCAUUGAGAGGAUGCAGAGGUUGCUCAGGGAAGAUGGUGGACUCUUCACCCAAGACCUGGUCGAGCAAUCGAAGGAGAAAAAUGGACAAGACGCCUCGAAGCUAGCUGGGAGCGACAACCUAGAGAGACACAGUGGACCGAGCCUCCGUCCUCAACCAGCAGUCAGUGGGCAGUUGGACUCCCGGCCCCUGCCAGAGACCCGGAACCUUGCGGACCCAACCUCAGAGGUCUGCCUGCAGGGAAGCAUCGAGGUGAAAAAGAUGAUCCAGAUGUUGGAACAGCAGACAUCUGCCGCGCGGCAAGAGCCGCCAGCACAGUCCGGUCCGCUUCGCUACACCAAGAGGAGGCAGAAUGGCGAGCAAAGCUGCAGCAGCACCAGGAGGAGCAUGAAGCUCAUGAGGGCGACCGCAGGGCUCGACCCUGAUUUGUCCUUCAAACUGCCUGAAAUCGAGAAAAACAACAUGGAGGAUGCGAAGAGAAGAGCGAGCAAGAAGCAAAGAGAUGCGACACACUGCGCUGGACAAACUAGGGAAAGCAAAGGCAGCGGCAACAGAGGUUUUAAGGCGCCAGCUAAGUUCCACGCACAAAAGAGGUGCAAUUUGAGUGAAAAGAUGUUCUCGGCUUGUCAAGCCUUGAAGGCGCACCUGAGAGAGGAGUCGCCUCUACCUGAGAGGGACCUGCACGACUGCCAGCAAACGCUCCGCCACGAGUGGUUCUCCGUUUCCAGCAACAAGUCGGCGAGCCCCGACGCUGUCGAGAACUACCUGUCGACGUUUGAGUUUAUUUCGCCUUUAGUGUUACAUCACAUAGCCAACUUGGCCGACGGCAACGGAAACACGGCUCUGCACUACAGUGUGUCACACUCCAACUUUGCUGUCGUCCGAAAAUUGCUAGAGACAGGAGUCUGCAAUGUGAAUCAGCAGAACAAGGCAGGCUACACGCCUGUCAUGCUAGCAGCCCUCGCUGCUGUGGAAACACCAGCCGACCUGACAGUUCUGGAGCUGCUCUUCUCUGAAGGGGACAUCAACGCCAAGGCGGGUCAGGCCGGCCAGACUGCGCUGAUGCUAGCGGUGAGUCACGGCAAACUGGACAUCGUCGGGGCCCUUCUGGCGCAGGGGGCGUCAGUGAACCUUCAAGAUGAUGAGGGUUCUACCGCCCUCAUGUGCGCGUGUGAACACAGACACGCCAAUAUCGUCCGCAACCUGCUGGCACAGUCGGACUGUGACACCUCUCUCACUGACAGCGACAACAGCACAGCGCUUUCCAUUGCACUGGAGGCAGGACACAACGACAUCGCAGUGCUUCUUUACGCCCACGCAAACUUCUCCAGAGCGCAAGCCGGGGCUGUUCAUCGCUGCGGCAGGUUUCUCUCCUCCUCCAGUGUCUCAGAAUAACAGUUUACGAGUGCCGCAGUUGGGUUAUCAGCCAGUCAGAUCAUCAUUAC